AAUGAACCCUGAAGAAGGCUCAACAUAUUCUGUAAUAGUCACAGGCAUCAAAGGUGUGGGAAAGCGAAGCCUAAUAAACGCCAUCACUGAGAACAAGAGGACCAGUUCGAAUGUUCCAGUAAUGAGCUUCGCUCAUCCCCAGACUGAAAAGGAGUACAAUCUCUUCUUUAUGCCAAAUAAUUUGAUCGCUAAAGGAAUCCAUGGGACUGAGAAUAGGUCUAAAGAUAAGCCAAGGUGGGAGGACGAGGACAAGUCUAUGGAGUCCUACUGCUUUGGAGAGGUAUCCAACCAUCAAGGCCUCAAUAUAUACAUGUACGAUAUCUCAAAUUCUCAGAGUUUUCUGUGUCUUCAAGAGCAGAUUAACAGAUCCAAGAUCAUGAAUCAUGGUUUUACUUAUCUCAUCGGUAACAAAGUUGACAAGCAAAUGGAGAACAGGCAGGUAGAGUUUGAAGAGGCCAAGAAUUUUGCAGAUGAGUGAGGAAUGGCUUUCUCAGAAAUCUCAGUUGUGACAAAAUAAAAAUCUCACUAUGGUCAUUAAAAUGAUAAAGAAUGGUGUCUUUCAGUUCCUUAAAGGUGAGAAGGAAGCUCCUCAACUUCCUCCUAGAGACUCUGAAUUUGAUAAAAUCGAUGAGAGUUUGUAUUCAGCUACUAACGGUAGCGAUUAUGAGAAAAGACUUGUAGAAAGAAUGUAUUCCAACAACAAAAACUCAGAAGAGAUCAGUAACUCUGAGCUUGACCAUUAUAAUCUUCCUAGCCAAGAGUCAAAGAAGCUUAGGACUGGCAACUUUGGAGAUAAUGGAGACUCUUUCCAAGAAGAUGGGAGGUCCAAUCCCGGAAGUGAUUACUAUAACAUUCAUGAUUUUCAGCAAGAGUUUCAUUUCCCCUUAGAGAACAAUAUAAAAAUAAACCAAAGUAAAUCUACUGCAAACAUUGGUAUAACUCCUCGGAGGAAUAGCAGUGGGUUUUCAAAGAAGGGGAGGUUCACACCAGAUGAUUUUCACAAGAGAGAUGAUGUAGACAAUUACAACCACUUUAUAAAGCAGUUCAAACUAAUCAAUGAGGAGCAAGAUAGAUCAACCCAUCCCGAGUCCAAGGGGACUGCCCAAAGCUACAGUAAUCUGAUUGAGAAGAGAAAGUUAGACAACAAUAUUAGUUUCUCAAAUAAUGCUCCAGAGAUUCAUGAAGAUAGCCCAAGCCAAGAACUCCAUGAUCUUGAGGAUUUAGACCUUGAUUAUGAUGCAUAUGCCCAGAAAGAGUUUGAACAAGAGGAACAAGAAGAGCAGGAUAUUGACCAGGUUGAAUACCAGGCACCUUCAGAAGAUGUCAGCCAGGAGGAUAGAGUCAGGCAACCACCAGCUAGUUAUUUCCAGAAAUCAGAGAUUUACACUCCUCCUCAUUUGCAUGACAAUUCUUCUCUUGACAACAUCGAUCAAGAAAUCAAGAAAAUUGAGGAUUCGAUUAAGGAAGCUGACCAAAACAAUAAUUCAAUUGCAAAGCGAAGAAUGCAAUUCUCUCAGCAGAAAGGACGAUCCAGGAAUCGAGGAGUAGACUCUAGUGCUCAUACAAUUUCUGAUAUAAAUACGCACAGAGACCAGCACUACAACUACUCCAAAUCCUUCUUAGAUGCUGAGGAGGAUUUCUCCAGCAAGUCUUUGAUUGACAUCAGAACAGAGUCAAGACAGGCUAAUCUCAGGAAGAGUCAAGAAAGAGGAUUCAAAUCGAAAGGAAAUAUGAGCUCAAGAGCAAAGAAAUCCCCAAUAUCUCUAACCAAGGUGUACAAGCCAGUUAUAGAGGGAGAAAUUCUCCUCAAGAUUACUGUAAAACUCAAAGAAGAUUCAAUCCAAGUGCUCAAUGUAUACAAAGGAGAUACUGCCUUCUCCAUCGCUGACAGAUGAAUCUCCCAGUAUCUUAACAAGAUGAAGACCACUCUAACAGUGAAGAACAAGACUAUAAUAGAGCUGAAAUAAGAAAUUAGCUACGUAUAUCCAAAAUGAGAUCAACAGCUCAAUCCAGCAUCUCAAAGAAGAAGUCGAAAAGGAGGAACAGAGGGCUCUUAAGGAAAACCUCAAGAAAAUGGAACUCAAGAAGAAGCAAGCCCUUGACAAAAAGAAACCUUUUGAUCUCAAGACUGAAAAAUAGACCCCAAGAGAAGGAAAUAUUGAAGAAGGAACAUCCCAUUAUUGGGCAGGUUAAAGUUAUGCUAGGUCCUACAAGGACGGGUAACAUUGCAGUCAGGGAAGGCUGUGAUCCUGAGAAAGUAGCUGAGAACUUUAUGCAUUCUUAUUCUGUCCCUCAGAAACAUAAAGAAACUAUAAUUGCAAGGAUAAGCCAGGUCAUAUCUCAAAAAGCUAAACUUGAUUCGCAGAAGAAAGUCUACCACGCUGCUGAAAUGGAAGAAGACUCUAACAACUUACAGUCCGCUUCUGAAGAAUCUGAAGCAAUUAAUGGAAAUAAUUUCUUCAAUAUUCCCGAUCAAAAUCAUGAAUUUUCUGAAAGCCCAAAUGUUCCUACAAGAUUUGGUGAGAUUAACAGAAAUGAGACUGAGAAUGAGAACCCAAAUACACAGAUGAUGUCUCCUCAUUUCAGAGGGCAGGAUUUGUAUGUACAACAACCUGUGUACCAAAACAACAUCAAUUAUGCCAAAACUCCUCAGCUCCAGCUUGAUGAAAAGAUAGAAUUUGAAGGAUUUUCUCCUAAAUCAUCUGAAACUCUCAGCAGGAGAGGUUCUUUAGCCCAUCAUUCUAAUGGGAAAUUAAUUGAUUCCUCAAAGAGUAAGAAAAGAAGCAGCUCAAAGCAAAAACGAACAGGGAACCUCCUAUAUAAGGUCAGACUCAACUUUGAUGGCCAGAGCUCCAUUGUUGUUAAAGUCAAAGAAGGAGAUAAUCUCUACUCCAAAGCAGCUGAGAUUGUUCAGAUGCAUAAUCUUGACAAGAGCCUCAUUAUGAAAAUUAGUGAAUUAUUGUCAAAACCAUCUGCUUUGGAAAGAUAAGGAACCAGCUAACAAAACUAGAUUGAUACUUA